AUGUUCGGGAUGUUCUGCAGAACUGAAAGGUGACCGUCGUAACUCGUGAACGUAUAAAGAGCUCCAGGUACUAUCUUGGUUGAUGGAAGCAUCGGAAUUUGACAACUUGUACAUCAAAACUGCACCACCAACAUCCCUGAGGCCCGAGGCAUCUCGCCUUGUCUAUAGUCUGUAAUUCAAAAGAUCCUGCUCGACCGGAUCCAGUAUUUGUUAUUGUAACAACAUGACUUCCGCUCUGAACGAUUUUGUCUAUGCUUCUUUCCUCAUUCCGAUCUUCUUCACCAUCGAAUGCACCAGAUGCAUUCUCUACGUCUCCGACAGAACGCCUGGCAGUGGUCCAUUGCGCUUGGUCGUCUUACUACUCAACAUCCUCGCGGUUGGCCCACUCCAAGUGAUUUUUGGAUGGGUGCUAAUGGUCGUAUGGUUCCCUGUGCGAGCUCUUCUGUGGUUCAUGGGUAUAGGAAGGGGUGCGCCGAAGAAAGGCUCGGCAGCUGCAACAGCGCGAUUCUAUGAACUCAAGAAGAGACGAGCUCAGAACAGGCGAGGGGAAAGUUGAUCAGCAGGACUCGAGGUAUUGUCAUAUGAUUUUCUUGGGUUCUGUGUACCUCUAGAAGUGUAUUGUUUCUUCAAAUUCUUGCACCAGUACUGUUGUUGUUUCAUGACUGCUGCCGUCGCUUUAUUAUAUAUUUAUGCUCUCUGAAAUCGGCUUACAAUGCUAUGAUCUCAUGAGGACGCAAAUUGGGGAUCGGACGAUACAUAGACUGGGCGC